GCCAAGGAGGCUGUCGUUACCUCGGCGGUCGCAUCCUGGAGGGAGUCGUGUCGGCUCGUCCCAGGCUCCCAAAUCCCCCUUUUGCUCCACAGGGUAGUGCGGGUGCGCUACCAACCUCGCCGAUCACUCGCCGCUUGCUCUGCAGACCCUGCCUCCUACAUCAUGUGCGGUAUAUUUGCUUACUUAAACUACCAUGUCCCUCGUACAAGACGAGAAAUUUUGGAGACACUAAUCAGAGGCCUUCAGAGAUUGGAGUACAGAGGAUAUGAUUCUGCUGGUGUGGGAUUUGACGGCGGUAAUGACAAAGAUUGGGAAGCCAAUGCCUGCAAAAUCCAGCUCAUUAAGAAGAAAGGGAAAGUUAAGGCUCUGGAUGAAGAAGUCCACAAACAACAGGAUAUGGAUUUGGACAUAGAAUUUGAUGUACACCUUGGAAUAGCUCAUACUCGUUGGGCAACACAUGGAGAACCCAAUCCUGUAAAUAGCCAUCCCCAGCGCUCUGAUAAAAAUAAUGAAUUUAUUGUCAUUCACAAUGGAAUUAUCACCAACUAUAAAGACUUGAAAAAGUUUUUGGAAAGCAAGGGCUAUGACUUUGAAUCUGAAACAGACACAGAAACAAUUGCCAAGCUGGUUAAGUAUAUGUAUGACAAUCGGGAAAGUCAAGACACCAGUUUUACUACUUUAGUGGAGAGAGUUAUCCAACAACUGGAAGGUGCUUUUGCACUUGUAUUUAAAAGUGUUCAUUUUCCUGGCCAAGCUGUUGGCACAAGACGAGGUAGCCCUCUGUUGAUUGGUGUGCGAAGUGAACAUAAACUCUCUACUGAUCACAUUCCAAUACUCUACAGAACAGCUAGGACUCAAAUUGGAUCAAAAUUCACACGGUGGGGAUCACAGGGAGAAAGAGGGAAAGACAAGAAAGGAAGCUGUAAUCUCUCUCGGGUGGACAGUACAACUUGCCUUUUCCCUGUUGAAGAAAAAGCUGUGGAAUAUUACUUUGCUUCUGAUGCAAGUGCUGUCAUAGAACACACCAAUCGAGUUAUCUUUCUCGAAGAUGAUGAUGUCGCAGCAGUGGUGGACGGCCGUCUGUCUAUCCAUCGAAUUAAACGAACUGCAGGAGAUCAUCCUGGACGAGCUGUGCAAACUCUCCAGAUGGAACUCCAGCAGAUCAUGAAGGGCAACUUCAGUUCAUUUAUGCAGAAGGAAAUUUUUGAACAGCCAGAGUCAGUUGUAAACACCAUGAGAGGAAGAGUCAACUUUGAUGACUAUACUGUGAAUUUGGGUGGCUUGAAGGAUCACAUUAAAGAGAUUCAGAGGUGUCGGCGUUUGAUUCUUAUUGCUUGUGGAACAAGUUAUCAUGCUGGUGUAGCAACACGUCAAGUUCUUGAAGAGCUGACUGAGUUGCCUGUUAUGGUGGAGCUAGCCAGUGAUUUCCUGGAUAGAAACACACCAGUCUUUCGAGAUGAUGUUUGUUUUUUCAUCAGUCAGUCAGGGGAGACAGCAGAUACCCUGAUGGGUCUUCGGUACUGUAAAGAAAGAGGAGCGCUAACUGUGGGGAUCACCAACACAGUUGGUAGCUCCAUAUCACGGGAAACAGACUGUGGAGUUCACAUUAAUGCUGGGCCUGAGAUUGGUGUGGCCAGCACAAAGGCUUAUACCAGCCAGUUUGUGUCCCUUGUGAUGUUUGCUCUUAUGAUGUGUGAUGAUAGAAUCUCUAUGCAAGAGAGACGUAAAGAGAUCAUGCUUGGAUUGAAGCGGUUGCCUGAUUUGAUUAAGGAAGUACUGAGCAUGGAUGAUGAAAUUCAGAAAUUGGCAACGGAACUUUAUCAUCAGAAAUCAGUCUUGAUAAUGGGACGUGGCUAUCAUUAUGCUACUUGUCUUGAAGGAGCUUUGAAAAUCAAAGAAAUCACUUACAUGCACUCUGAAGGCAUUCUUGCUGGUGAAUUAAAGCAUGGCCCCCUGGCUUUAGUGGAUAAGUUGAUGCCAGUUAUCAUGAUCAUCAUGAGAGAUCACACUUAUGCCAAGUGUCAGAAUGCUUUUCAGCAGGUGAUUGCUCGGCAGGGCCGCCCAGUGGUGAUUUGUGAUAAGGAAGAUACUGAGACCAUUAAGAACACCAAAAGAACAAUCAAAGUGCCCCAUUCAGUGGACUGCUUGCAGGGCAUUCUCAGUGUGAUUCCCUUACAGCUACUGGCUUUCCAUCUUGCUGUGCUGAGAGGAUAUGAUGUUGAUUUCCCCCGGAAUCUUGCCAAAUCUGUAACUGUAGAAUAAGGAGCAUCUGGGCGACUAAGCAACACAAGACACUUUUGUAUUUAAAAAACUUGAUUUAAAAUAUCACCCUUCUAAGCCUUUUUAAAGCAAAUCCUUAUUUAUAUAUCAGUUAUAAUUAUUCCACUCAAUUUGUGAUUUUUGUGAAAUUACCUCAUAUUUUUCCAGUAAUUUGUGGGGGACUUUGAAUAGUAUAACCUAUAUUGCAGUUGGUAUCAGAAGUGAGAUUUAGGUUUCAUUUCCUUUACGGUACACUGGGUGUUGAAUUUCUGCUCCCCUCCCCAAUCUGAGAGCAUUGUAUGUUUUUAAAAUAACUAGUAUUUGUUUUACCAUGCUUCUGUUCAUUCACACUAAUGAAAGAGUAAUGCAUUUAAUUGGAAUAUCUAAAACCAAUAAUACUUGAACAUUUCAUUAAGACUUUCCUAAGUUACAUAAAAAGAGAAUAUGCCAUGGUGACUUUGAAAUUUGUGUUUUGUUUUUCAAUGAAAAUUGAAAACUUAAAAAUUAAAACUCUUUCCUGAUGAGAUUUAUAAGUAAUUUAGGUUAACCUUAGUUUAUCAAACUAUUUCCUGUUAUCUGUAGAUUGAGGUAACAUAGGAAGCUAAAUAGUAUAGAAAGCAUUGGUUUUCUCCAACUCUCAGCAGAAUCUGUUUGCACAAUUUCAUAGCACAAACUUGAACUUUGAGCUGCUUUGAACAACUGAUACUGUGAUUUUAAAUUCGAAGAUGGGAUGUAUACAUGUUGGAUAUCCUAUUCCUUUUUUUAGCUCCUUAAAGUGGUUUCUAAUUCCUUAUAUCUGUAGUUUUUUUUUUUUUAGUGACUUCUGAAUGACUUUUAUCUUGUUCUUUGAAAUUACCACACAAAAUUGCUAUCAGAUGUUUCAAAUUAAAUUAAUAUUGAUAUAUUCAGAAGUCUCUUCAACUUCUGUCUCAAGGAAGAAUUUCCCGCAGUUAAUUUUAACCUCUUUUCAUUGCCUUUUUGUAUAAAACUAGUAUCUUCAUGCUAGUUUGGAAGCUCUUUAGCAUUCUUUAGAAUACUUGCAAUCUUUUGAAUAAUUAUUUGAUUCUAAAAGUGUAUAAUGAGUAAGCUUAGAAAAAGUAAUGUGCUAAAUGCUGAUAAUAGUGACGGAUUGACUCAAACUUAGUAUUACUUCGUAGGUAUUUUUCUUUGUUUUUUCUGUGUCCUAUCCCUGAAAUAUAUUUAGGGAUAAAGAAGAUCUAUAAGUAAAGUACUGUUGAGAUGCCGUUAGUUGGUUAAUGUCAGAAAUUGAAAUUUACAAUUUAGACUAAAAUAUUUAAAAUAGAAUUUUUGACACCUAAAAAGUUGUAACAGUUUCUUCAUUUUUUUUUUUUUUUUUUACCAAGACUUGAGGGUUAUAGGACAUGUUUAUGUUUUGGUUAAGUCCCCGUUUAAAAGUUUAAUUUUAAAAUUGUGAAGGUAAAUUAGCAUCAUUUAUUAAGCAAAAUCUUCCUUUUCUCUGUGUUUGAACUUCUUGACAAGGUGAAAAUUCACUGAUAGCUAUUGCUGCACCUGAGAAUGUAAUUCUACUUGUGAAUUAGGGCUAGGGAAAGGAUUGGCAUAUUUGGAGGCAAUUUGGAAGGACUCAUAGAUGGAGACUAAAAACAUUUUACGAACCGACAUAUCUAUACAUGUUGCCACUAUAUGUUUUUUUUAAGAUUGGUUUGUGUAGAUCUAGUUUCUAUGUUUGUAGACUGUCAUUUCUUAUGUUUAUAUUUUGUACACAUGAUUCGUGUGGGUUUAUAAGGUUUCUUAAUUGUUUAAAGUUUGAGUCAGUAUUCUUAGCGAAAAUUAAUAUGUGAAACCAAUCAGUUUUCGCAGUCUCUUUUUUCUCAUGUUAAAACACAUACACAGUUUAAGCAAUGUUAAAGUCCUAAAUCAUAUAUUAAAAGCCAAUAUUAAAAACAAGGAGUGAUAUUUUCCAAACAUGGCUUCCCCUCCCCAUCACACUUGAUGUAGUGAUUUUUAAAUGCUUCUACAAAUUAAUUAUGAAAAAAAGAUUUUGUAAUGAAGCAUAGCCAUUAUUAAGUUUACAUGCCCAUGUUAAAAAAAAUGUAAUUCAGGAUAAGAAUAUAUGAUUUUUUUUAAUGAAGUAUAGUCUACAUAAAUUCUUUAUGUAAAAACUUUUUUGUAGUUUUAACAUUUAAAUGAACUCUCACAUAACUUCCCUAUCAGAGUCUAUGAUCCCUUUUUAAAAGGCUGGAGGGUUAUAUGUGGUAUCUAACACAUGAAUCCGUAAUAGAGUCAGUCAGCUUUUCUGAUUUUAUUUUUUGUAUUUUUAAAAAAUCUAUGCUGUAGGAAUAAAUGGGAAGAGAAAAACUAA